AUGGUUGUGGACAUUACAGCUAUGACAUGGGAUGAUUUCAAAACUCGGUUCAACGACAAAUAUCUUCCACUAUUGGUGAAAGAGAAGAAGGCAACUGAGUUCAUGCAGCUGGAACAGAAUAAUGAUAUGUCAAUUAAUGAGUACGAGAGGAAGUUUACAGAGCUAUCCCGAUUCGCUCCUCACAUUGUUGCGAAUGAGUUACACAAGGGUCAGCAGCAGCAGACUCAGAGAAACAGGCAGGGUCAGUCUUGGCAGAGAGGUAGACAAGAUUGGAGAGCAGGGAAACGACAGAGAGUUGGUGAAGGUGAGCAAUCCACAGCUUUAAUACCAAUCACACCUCAUGAUGCACAGCCAUAUCAGUUCAUCGGGCAUUGUUACAAUUGUCGUAAGCAAGGACAUUUGGCUCGUAAUUGUCCCAAGCCUCAUAAGAAUAACCAGUAG